AUGGGUCGACGUAACAGGGGUGCCGCAUGGAAACGCUUUAAAGAUCAGCUUAUUCAUAGAAGAGAACACCAGGUUGUAUGCGGCUUCAGAACAAGACAGCUGGAGAGUAAUGAGACCAUUAGAAAAAAUAACUUAGCGCGAAGACCAGACUACACAGGCUACACAUACAACACAGGCUACACAUACAACACAGGCAACACAGGCUACACAUACAACAUAGGCAACACAGGCUACACAUACAACAUAGGCAACACAGGCUACACAUACAACAUAGGCAACACAGGCUACACAUACAACAUAGGCAACACAGGCUACACAUACAACAUAGGCAACACAGGCUACACAUACAACAUAGGCAACACAGGCUACACAUACAACAUAGGCAACACAGGCUACACAUACAACAUAGGCAACACAGGCUACACAUACAACAUAGGCAACACAGGCUACACAUACAACAUAGGCAGCACAGGCUACACAUACAACAUAGGCAACACAGGCUACACAUACAACAUAGGCAACACAGGCUACACAUACAACAUAGGCAACACAGGCUACACAUACAACAUAGGCAACACAGGCUACACAUACAACAUAGGCAACACAGGCUACACAUACAACAUAGGCAACACAGGCUACACAUACAACAUAGGCAGCACAGGCUACACAUACAACAUAGGCAACACAGGCUACACAUACAACAUAGGCAACACAGGCUACACAUACAACAUAGGCAACACAGGCUACACAUACAACAUAGGCAACACAGGCUACACAUACAACAUAGGCAACACAGGCUACACAUACAACAUAGGCAACACAGGCUACACAUACAACAUAGGCAACACAGGCUACAAAUACAACAUAGGCAACACAGGCUACACAUACAACAUAGGCAACACAUACAACACAGGCAACACAGGCUACACAUACAACAUAGGCAACACAGCCAUCAUCGAGAUUUCGAGUUUCUGGGAUUAA